AAUAUCUUCUUUUCUUGGUUGUGUGAGUUUUUUAGAUGAAACAAUAUUUUUAGCCCUUUUUCAUGUUAAUGAAAGCUGAAACUGUAGCCAGUGCUCAUGCCAAAAUUACACCAAUCAGCCCAAUUUUGACUACAGGUGUUAUUCAUAGACUCCUCCUCUGAUCUUACAAUUUUCUGUGGUUUCACUCUCAUUUUAUUCAGUGAUUUUUUUUCUUUUCUUCUCUCACAGCCAAGUCUGUCAUUCAGCAGUCACAGAAUGUGAAACGAAUCUGCAUUCAUGCCCAUUUUCACACUCUUGCAUAACAUCUGAUUGUGUGAUGCCAGUUGAUGAGUAUUUCUUAUUUCUGAGCGACAAUAAAAAUCACCGACGUCAGCCUAGAUUAUUAAGUGCAGAUGUUCCAGCAGAUGUGUGGGAUGACCACCUCUGAGAAGUUACUAUGAUUUUGAGGAUGAUUUCUGCUUUUCGUAACCAGAAAUCAUCCGUCCAGUCAAUGCGAGCUUUCUUCCAUUUUUUUUUUUAAACUUUAGAUAAUGGAUCAAAGAUAACUGGAAAGGCUUUUGGAGAAGUAAAGAGAGAAAUGUGAGGAGAAAUGUGUGCUGAGAGUUUUGAAGAUGAGCUUCAAUUAGCCUUUUAAAAUGUUUAAACACCCAGACGCUGCCAUACUGGCUUCAAUCAAAAUGUUGAUUAAUAAAUUACACAGAAAUAUUAAAUGAGUCAUGCAAAAUAUGCUUGUUAUUUCUGCAGCUAUGGACUGGGAAAGAUCACUGAAUCGAACCAAGGUGAACUUUUCUACUCCAGCCUCCUCUUCAUCUUCGCUCUUGCCUGACUCCUCGUCGUCCUCCUCUUUCUGCUGCAACUCUUCUCGCUCCAUCUUCUCAGCCUCCCAGUUCUCAGCCCCCUCUUUCUCUGGGCUCGACCUCCUGUUUAACCUGAAGCUCAUCUUCAUCCCUCUCUACUCUGCUGUGGUCCUGGUUGCAUGCUCUGGCAACCUCCUCCUGCUCUUCCUCAUCUGGCACAAUAAGAAAAGACACAACACGACCAAUUUUCUCAUCAGCAACCUGGCACUCGUUGACCUGGUGAUGUGCAUCUUCUGCGUCCCUUUGACGGCGUCCUAUGCAUUUGACAAGCGCGGAUGGGUGUUUGGAUCCCACAUGUGCCAUUUUGUCACCGUCAUGCAAUCUGCAGCUGUUUACGCGGCCGUCCUCUCCCUCAUGGCCAUCGCGGUGGAUCGUUACGUAGUUGUGGCUUAUCCCAUCCGAAAGAGAGCAGGCUACCGCUUCUGCUGGGUUCUCGUGGUCCUGAUCUGGCUGUCCUCUCUGGCUCUAUCCACGCCUACGGCACUGCACACUGUCUACCUGGACCUCCAGGCUGCAGGCCUGCAGAUGGCUGUGUGUGAGGAGUUCUGGGACGGCCAGGAGCAGGGUCGCCUCAUUUACUCCUGUUUCAUUCUCUUCUUCUCCUACUUUGUCCCACUGGUUGCUGUCUCCAUUUCCUACUGUGCCAUUUCCUAUCAGCUGAAACACAGGAUGACUUCGGGCUUGACAGCAUGCACGGAGCUGAGAUCUGCACGGGCCACCUGGAGCAGACGGAGGAAGAAGACCUUCUGCCUGCUGCUGGUGUCCGUUCUCUGCUUUGCCUUCUCCUGGCUUCCUUUACAGGUGGUGAACCUGAUCCGUGACCUGGACACAGACUUCUCCAUCCUGGGGAAGAACUAUAUCAACGUCAUCCAGGUGUCCAGUCACCUCUUUGCCAUGAGCUCCGCUUGCUACAACCCAUUCAUUUAUGCUUCGCUGCAUAACAAAUUCCUCUCUUACCUGUGUCUCCACUUGCUGCCCUGGAGAAAAGGAAAAGCAAAAGACCGGCGACAAGGGUCAAGCGUCCUGACGGUGUCUCACAGAAUGCCGCGCCUUUACACCUCCACCAUUGUGGCAGAUUUGCCGGGUGUUGUUGCAAAUAAUGCCGACCCUCAAGAAAACUACACGUAAGUGACUUUGUGGACGAACGGGCACAAGAAUGAUAUGAUCUCCAGCUCAGUCGAAUGCAUGAGGCCACCGAAGCCAGACGUGAUCCAGUGAAUCUUCUUCUACACUCCAGAUUUAAUCUUGUAAGCGCUCACGCUGACAGACAAAAGGAGUAAAAUGAUAAGUCAUUGUUAAAACACCAAAACCCACAACAUGGGGGUGUAAGGCUUUCACAUACAACAGCCACACUGCUGUGCAGCUGGCUAUGGGGCUAAAACAUCAGCCAGCUUAGAUUGCAAGGAUUCAUGUGUAGAUGAUGCUUAUUAACCUGAAUAAUAUGCUACUGGUUGCUUAAAAAGCCAUUUUAAGCUUUGACUUUGCUUUUGUUGUUGCAAGUGUUUUGUGUAAUGGUUCUCCAUAAUUAGAUUCUUGUGCAUUUUAACACCAACCUUACAGGAUCUUUACGCGAGCCAUUUAACAAUGUGUUGAACUAAUGUAAAUGUUUAUUUGCCUCCACCUUGAAAGACUGUGCAUUAGGUUAUUUCUGUGCAUACUUCACGUGUAGUAGUAAAUAUGCUUUGUUGGAUUUUGCUCAGUAAAGAGGGUAAUUCAAACCAUCUUUUCCUCAUUCAUUCAUUUCCAUUUUGUUAAGGAACACGAAGCGGUUCUGAAAUAAAUAAUAGCGU